AUGGCUGCUGCUAUCAAGGCGCUGAACGCCAAGAUCCGCUCCAACAAGGUUGCCGACUAUGUCUGCUCAACCCACUUCUGGGGCCCUGUCUCCAACUUCGGUAUCCCCUUCGCCGCUGUGAUGGAUACACAGAAGGACCCUGAGAUUAUCUCCGGUACCAUGACUGGCUGUCUGCUCGUCUACGCCGCUACCUUCAUGCGCUACUCUCUCGCCAUCACCCCCAAAAACUACCUCCUCUUCGCUUGCCACAUGACCAACUUCGGUGCUCAGUCCGUCCAAGCCUACCGUUACCUGAACUACUGGAACUGGGGUGGUCGGGAAUCUCAGCUUGCUGCCAAGGCUGCAGAGGGCGCCAAGGCUGCGGAGCCCACUGCUUAA